AUGGUUGAACAACCAAAUGGACCCAAUGGACCCCAUGAACCCACGUCACGGACCCCGUUGCUUUCAGAACCAACCCCAUUGUUUGUGCAAAACACAAGAGAAACCAACGAGGAAGAAGGCGAGUUUUGCAACAACCAAGAACAAAAUACCAGUUUGCAACCAAUUCGCUCCGACGAUGUCUCGGUUGUUGCGGCAACGGCUCCGCGGAGAUCGUGUUUGCCCUGUUGGAGCUACGGCCGCGACUCUAGACCCAGAGGAGAAAGACGCGUUGAUGACGACGAAGAAGAAGAAGAACCCGAGCCGGUGUAUACCGUUCCCAAUUCUCCACCUCCAGGAGCUCCCGCGUCGCCUGUCCCCGUGCAACCGAUUGAUCCAGAAAGAAGAGGUUUGAAUGAUUGGAUUCUCGAUAUGAUGGAGCGUUGGAUUAGCAGUUUGUUGAGAAGAGAUUACUCGCCUCGUGCCGCGUAUAUAAUCGGGGGCACAUUCAGUGCUACUUUGAUCAUAGCCAUUUUGGUUUUGUUCUUGAUUGGAAGAUUUGAUGUUAUUAUGAAGUUGAGUCGUGACUUGGUAUGCGAAUUGAUCCACACGCUUGGUAUCAACACGGAGCCCAACUUUUGCAAAAUUGGUUAG